UCUGUGCACUGACCUCGCCAGACUGCCAGACUGUUUGUCGCAGUUUGUCGUGGUUUGUCGCUUGGUAUCAAUACAUUAAACUGCGUCGCACCUUGAUUAACGUAUCUGGAUUACUGUGGCUUGAUAUUAUAUUUUGCGUUGAAAAUGGCCGCAAUUUUACGUGUAAAACGUAAAAAUACCGACGUUCCAUUGGACACGCUGGUCAUCGCGUGCAAACGUCCGAAAACUGAGGUCUCGCGUUCGGAUACCCCAACUUUGGAGACUGUCGCUCAGUUUGCCGGCACACUCACAGAUCCGACUGAGGACGUCACGAAGCAUGUGGCCAAAAUUCUACCUAAAAUAAAAGCAGAAAAUUACCAAGCCGGUAUCAAAAGGCCAUUCGACUAUGAUUAUCCUGCAAAUGUUUCUGGAAAGAUACCCAAAUGGACAGACGAGGACUCAACGACAGAAAGAUACAAAGUUAUCGAUUGCCAGCAUUCUCUGGAUACGUCAAACGAGGAAGAGCUUAAGGAUAAGUGGGUGACGCUCGUAGAAGUGGAGGAUUGCUGGAGUAUUUCCCGUCUAACAAGUCACACUGAAGCAGAUAUUGCAGAUUACGUGUAUGAUAUAUAUUAUGCGCAAACCUCUGACAACGUAUUUGACAUGUUUGACAGCAAUAAUAUACUUGUGAAGCGGCCAGAAUACGACUCAGAUGUGGGUGUUGAAGACGAAGAUGAUUCCUCAGAUUCCAAUGCAGAAUCACAUUGGAAAAAUGAUUAUCCUGAUACGGAUCCAGAUCGUUCAUCUCGCGAUGAUGAUUCUGACGAUAAUUUCGACAUAUAUAACGACGAUCACAAGUUAUACUAUUCUACACAGCAUGAAUUCAGCUAUGGAAGAAGACAGGAAUUGGAGAGUAACUCCGACAGUGAUUUGUCAAAUACUGAAAGUAACUCUUCAGAUAAGGAAGAAAGAUCGUCGAAUGAAAAAAUAUCAGAUAUUGAAGAAAUAUCAGAUAAUGAAGGGGUGAAAGAUAUAUAAAUACAUUGUCAAUAAAUUAUAAAAACGCGUGAUUAUAAAACACUUAUAUGUUGAAUAGCAUAUUUUAGUUUCUUUAAUCUUCGCGUUUCUCUUUGUAAAAAAAAAGUGAAUUAUAAAUGGCAUAAAGUUUUAUUUGUAUAUAUUUGUCUAUAUAUAUUUAUUACAGACUUCUCGCAUGUAAAAUCCGUCUAUCAAAAUAAAAAUGGCAAAAGAAGUAAGCCUAGAGACGAGA